GGCGGGCCGGGGCCUGCUCUCGCUCCCCAUCGCGGGCUGCGGGCGCUGCCGGGGCGCCGGGCGGGCGGUUCCCCUAUGCCAGCCCGCCUUCCGUGUGCAGACUUUUCACGUUAGGUGCGUCCCGUUUCAUGGUUGCUCCCAUUGCACGUGCUUCUUUGUUUCCUGGGAACAGAAACAAAAACAUGCUUCAGGAAAGCGCACAUGGUAAAUGGACAGUAUCCAGCAGUGAUGAAAGUGCAGAGGAAGAUUCUGAUAGUGAAAAACCAUCUACAUCUUCAUUACCGGAUGCUGCACGUGGUAGAACAAGUGAACCACAAUAUCCAUGCUCUGAAGCUAGGAAAGCUGCUCACAAGAGAAAAGCUUCUCCCUUGAAGCUCACUGAUGAAAGUCAUUCUACAGAAAUACCUCCAGCAGCAAAACAGAGAACUAGCCAAGAAGGCUUAGGCUGGUGUCUUUCUAGCAGUGAUGAAGAGCCCGAAGAUCAGGAAAAGCAUGCCUCCAGAGAAACAGUGAAAGAAGAAAAAUAUGAUGUGCCCCAAGAGGAGCCUCUGAAUCUUUGCAAAGAUGACAAACUCUCAGAGAAUUUGAAAGCAGAGGAAUAUAAUGAAACACCCAGUGAAGCUCAAGAUACCUGGGAUUUGUUGAAUGGAGGGAAUCCCUUCAGGUUUUUUCUCACUAAAGUCAGUGGAAUUGAACAGAGUUAUAAUUCUGGAGCCCUGCACAUAAAAGAUAUUUUGUCUCCUCUUUUUGGGACUCUCAUAUCUUCUGCCCAGUUUAACUACUGUAUAGAUGUGGGAUGGCUUGUAAGACAGUAUCCACAGGAAUUCAGGAAGAAGCCAUUGCUGAUAGUUCAUGGUGAAAAGAGAGAAUCCAAAGCUGAACUGAUUGCACAAGCACGGCCUUAUGAGAACAUUAGCUUUUGUCAGGCUAAACUGGAUAUUGCAUUUGGAACUCACCACACGAAAAUGAUGUUGUUGUUAUAUGAAGAAGGUCUUCGAGUUGUGAUUCAUACGUCCAAUCUUAUCGCUGAAGAUUGGCACCAGAAAACUCAGGGAAUAUGGCUAAGCCCUUUAUAUCCAAGGCUGCCUAAGGGAGCAACAGGUUCUGCCGGUGAAUCUGAAACUAAUUUUAAAUCUGACCUAAUAAGUUACUUGAUGGCUUACAAUUCUCCUAUACUCAAGGAAUGGAUAGAUCUGAUUCAAGAACAUGACUUAUCAGAGACAAGAGUGUUUCUUCUUGGUUCUACCCCUGGACGGUAUCAAGGCAGUGAUAAAGAGAAGUGGGGUCAUCUUAGGCUCAGAAAGCUUUUGAAGGAGCAUGCUUUGUCAAUACCAGCACAGGAAUCCUGGCCUCUUGUUGGACAGUUCUCAAGCAUUGGUUCAAUGGGAGCUGAUGGGUCCAAAUGGCUGUGCUCUGAGUUCCAAGAGAGUCUGGUGGCUGCAGGCAGUGGUGUGACACCUUUCCUUAAAUGCGAUGUCCCAAUUCAUUUGGUUUAUCCUACUGUGAACAAUGUGAGGCUGAGUCUGGAAGGGUAUCCUGCUGGUGGCUCGCUUCCAUACAGUAUACAGACAGCACAGAAACAGCUGUGGUUGCAUUCCUAUUUUCACAAAUGGUCAGCAGAAGUCUCAGGUCGAACUCGUGCUAUACCUCACAUUAAGACAUACAUGAGACUCUCUCCUGACUUCCAGAAGAUUGCAUGGUUCUUAGUAACAAGUGCCAAUCUAUCUAAAGCAGCUUGGGGAGCUCUGGAGAAAAAUGGCAGCCAAUUGAUGAUCCGUUCUUAUGAACUUGGAGUUCUUUUCUUGCCUUCAGCAUUUGGACUGGACAAAGGUUACUUUCAUGUAGGAGGAAGAAAGCUUCCAGAAAGGAAAGAUUCAGCAACAUAUUUUCCUGUACCUUAUGACCUGCCACUAGAACAGUAUGGAAGCAAAGAUCAACCCUGGAUUUGGAAUAUUCCUUACGCUGAUGCCCCUGAUACGCAUGGAAAUAUGUGGGUUCCAUCAUGAAUGUUUCUAGUACUUUCACUUGCUGACACUGAGCCUGCCAUGCUACUUGCAAGAUUGUUUAUUUCUGUUCUGUAAGCUGUAAUGUUUGUCAUAAUGGCUAAUUUGUAGUUGAAAUAAAAAUUAAAAUGUAGAUAAUGGAGAGAUUCUCGGAGGAUCUGUAACCAUAUUAUUGUAAAGGGACCUGCAUUUUUUAAUACCUUUUUAUAUGUUUUUUCCUUACUGUGGUUCCUAAUAUGCUUUUCAAGAUUAGAACUGUUCUCAGAGAUUCCCUCUGCAUUUUUAGCUGUAAGGAAUUUAAAAAUUACUGUUCUGUGAGACUGUUUAGUUGACCCCACUACCUGGAAUAAAUGUUAUUGUAUGUAAGAUUUAAAUAAAAAUAAAAUCAAUCUUGUUUGCAUA